AUGAAAAUUGAAAAUGAAGAAAAAUCUAUUAUUUACCAAAAAAUAAAAACUCUACAGAAAAUCGCUUUUGACAAAGGGAUAGAAAAUGUUUUAAAUACGCAAUUUAAUUGUGAUAUUUCACAAAAAUCAGUGCAUAUUUUGUACAAUAAAACAUUAAUAUCAGUGAGUGUAGCUUUUAUAUCGUUACUUGUCGCUAGUUCUGUAAUAGAAUAUUUAUUAAGUGCAAGGUGUUUAUUACCUAUUAACCACUUGGUGUGGGAAGCCACUCGACCUCUUGCUGAUUGCGACUAUUGUGAGAAUGUUACAAAACCUCUCAUAUUGUGGAACGUUACAAGACAUAGCUUUAAGAAAUAUGCAUAUUCAUCAAAACCCAUAAUUGUUAAGAAUGCCAUAAAACAUUGGAGUGCCUCAAAAGUGUUCAGUAUAAAAUUUUUCAAGACGUUAUAUGAACAAACUCCUCAAAGUUAUGAAAGUUUGGAGAAUGGGUGCCAGUUUUUAAAUUUCAAAUCUGAUCUAUUUACUCUGAAAGAAGUGUUUGAGAUGCCUGAAGCUAGAAUUUCAAACCAGUUUGGACAAGAGCCCUGGUAUGUUGGCUGGGGCAAUUGUCAUCCAACCAUCUUAUCUAAAGUUCGUGAAUACUACUCAAUACCAGAAUUCCUGCCUGAAGAUGCAGAGUUCCCAGCAACAGAAAAUAUAUUUAUAGGAUAUGAAAUGGGAGCAGUCAUGCAUUUAGAUUAUAUACCAAGACUGAUGUGGCAAGGACAAGUGAAAGGAAAUAAAACCUGGUUAAUAAAACCAGUGCCGGAGUGUGAAGAUUUCUGUAGGGACAUCAAAUUUUAUGUUGAACCUGGCGAUGUAGUACUAUUGGAUACUCGUCUUUGGUAUCAUUCUACAACCAUACCAAAAGGUCAACUGUCACUCACAGUUCAAUCGGAAUAUGGCUGA